AUUCUUAGAAUCUCUUUCCGUAACGUUAACUGUAACUAUAAACCGCCGUUAAUCAAGUCUACGUAUGUGUUUCAGGUGAUUACUAACGGUCUCAAGUGCGACUCGGACGACGUCGACGGUUUGACAAACGGAAGAAAAAUGGCACCGGUUCUGGGCGUACCGCCUCCGCCACCACCGGCUCCUCACAUGGGACCAGACGGCCUGAUCUUGCCGAGAAAACCAUACAAUCCUUGCCUUAUCUCCACUAAUCAUAAGGAUCUUCACAGGGAGUUACUUUUCAAUCAGAAAAUUGGCAAGAACGUCUUGAACCAGAAGAGCGAGCUGCAACGUGCCCUGGAGAAGCAAAGGGAAGCCGCGUCGAGAAGAGAGGCUGAGAGGAUCCGUGAGGAAAGUUACAAGGACGAUCCCAGGACUGCCUUGCAAAGGGCGAUCGAGCAGAGAGCGAGACACAUUCAACUGACGCAGGGGCAAUCGCGGUCGAUGACGGAGCCGCCGAGCAACCUCCUGAUAACAGCGAGGGCGAAGCUGAGGCCCCGCACCGAGUCCCAGUGAAGCCGGUGAAGAUCGAAGGUCGCGCAACCCGCGAAGCGAUGUCGCGCCCGGGGUGAAGAGAACGAUCCGCUCGGGCGGCUCAUAAUUUCACCCUUGGCCACCUUAUCGAUUGCAAUCAGUGUACAUACGCAUAACCCGAUAAGAUUUCCUUGGCACGAACAUUUAUUAGCGGCGUCACUUGGCGCGUCGAGAGGCGUGU